CAUUGGCCAGAUGAAUUUGAACGGGUGUUCCCGCUCCUGUGCGGCGAGCGCUGAUUGGCCGGCUGUGCCCGUCCUUUGUAAUGACGCGAAUUCAGCAGGAUCCGGUUACAGCAGUGUGUCGGUUUUUUUUUUUUCAUCUUGUAAUUUUUUUUUUCCUGUGGUGAAACAGGGCGGGCGGGUAGUAGUGUGACGCCGCGGGGUCUGGAGAGAGCAGCGGGGGUCAGGACUGAGAAGGAAGACCGCUGCCCCGAGCUUCAGCCUCCCUGUAUACCGGCGCCACUCCGGCGGACUGUGUAACACGGGCAGGAUAGUAAGGCUGCGGGCGGGCGCCGGACACUGAGAGACUUGAGGAAGCGAGAAACCCGGAACGCGCCCGCGGUGACUGUGUGACCCGGAUUCCCCGUCACCACCCCAGGAUCCUUGACUGACUAACCGCCGGCGGAAGAUGGCCUCGGCUCUGUACGCCUGCACCAAGUGUCACCAGCGGUACCCGUUCGAGGAGCUCUCCCAGGGCCAGCAGCUGUGCAAGGAAUGUAGAAUCGCUCAUCCUAUGGUAAAGUGCACAUAUUGCAGAUCCGAGUUUCAGCAGGAGAGUAAAACGAACACGAUAUGUAAGAAAUGUGCCCAAAAUGUUAAGCAGUUUGGAACCCCCAAGCCUUGCCAGUACUGUAACAUCAUAGCUGCGUUCAUUGGCACAAAGUGCCAACGUUGUACCAACUCAGAGAAGAAAUACGGCCCUCCGCAGACCUGUGAGCAGUGCAAACAACAAUGUGCUUUCGAUCGGAAAGAGGAAGGAAGGAGAAAGGUUGAUGGGAAGCUGCUAUGCUGGCUGUGCACGCUGUCUUACAAGAGGGUUCUACAGAAAACGAAAGAGCAGCGGAAAACUUUGGGCUCCGCCCAUUCCAACUCCUCUUCCUCGUCUCUCACCGAGAAAGACCAACAUCAUUCCAAGCAUCACCACCAUCACCACCACAGGCACAGCAGCAGUCACCACAAAAUUGGCAGUCUAAGCCCAGAAGCAGAGCAGGGAAUUUGGAAACAAAGUCAUAAAUCUACUACUGCAAUUCAGAAUGAGCCUCCAAAGAAAAAGCCCAAAAUGGAAUCAAAGCCAACCAACGGAGACAGCAUUUACUAUUUUAGUAGUUCAAUCAAUCAGUCGACAGACACUGGCGGUACAGACAACUUUGUCCUAAUCAGUCAGUUGAAAGAGGAAGUCAUGUCGCUGAAACGUCUCUUGCAGCAGAGAGAUCAGACCAUUUUGGAGAAGGAUAAGAAGCUGACAGAAUUGAAAGCAGACUUCCAAUACCAAGAGAAUAAUUUAAGGACAAAGAUGAAUGGCAUGGAAAAGGCUCACAAAGAGUCUGUUGAGCUACUGCAGGGCAAAAACAGAGAAUUGCUGAAACAGGUCGCGGCUUUAUCAAAGGGUAAAAAAUUUGACAAAAGUGGCAGCAUACUGACCUCUCUUUAAGGAACUUUUUAAUGGAAGGACACAUUGUUGGUCUGUGAAGCCCUUAAAAAUAUCUAGUGACAAGGGAAAAACUAUCUUUUAGUACAUGUUUUAUAGUACGUACUGGACUUUUUAAGUUUUACACUUUUCAGACAAACCUACUUCAACUGGCUUGAAGACCCCACCUCCACCCCCCUCUCUGUUCUGUUUCUGCAAAGGAGAGAAUGCAUCACUACAAUAACAAACUUUUCAAGAGUGCAUAAGGCAAUAAAACAAAAAGAUAUCAGGUCAGCAGGUAAACCUAGUUUUAUUACACUGCUCACAAUUUAAUGAGUGCUUUACAUCUGCUGUGACAAAUAUAUUAGUUAGUGUUCAGAUAUUUGAACUGUGUGUUUUUAAUAUUAUGUCAGGAUUUUAAUGCUGGUGCUUAACCCCUCUUCUUUAUUUGGAGCGCUGCUGGUUCCCCUUCAUCCCAGAAGGGGUUAAAAUAAACAAAAAAACUACUGUGUAAAUGACUGAAGAGAUUUAUGAUAUCCAUUAAGUAGUUUUUUAAUUUCUUACACACUUGCACUGUGCCUGCAGGGAAACAAAGUGUGCUUUUGUGGAGUCUUGUGGAUUUUUACUUGCAAGUGCCUUUGGUGUACCUUGGUUUUUUUUUUUUUUUUUUAAAUUAUAGGAGUGUCGAGGGAGUUCUGUACAUAUGUAUGAAAACCAUGUUUUAAUUGAUUUUUGUACAGAAAGCGUAUAUAUAGAAAUGAACGAAUCGCGCAUAUUUAAUUUAAUUGUUUCCUUUUUUCUUUUUUUUUGUGUGCCAAAGGGCCGGGCAAGACUUUGCUCCAUUCAGCAUCAUGGCCUCAUUAAUCGGCAGAUGUUGGUCAGGCCUAGCGAAUGGGCUUCACUGCCUCAGUGUUGCCUACGCUGGGUGCCAUAUACAAUUUAAAAAAAUAUAUAAAUAUUUGGUUUCAAACAAUCUCGCUCUGCUAAAGUUGUUUUAUUAAGUAAUAUUUUUAGGAUAGUGCAUUUUUAUUUUUUAAUCUCAUGGUUACUUUUUUUGUACAACUAUACUGUUUAUAGCAAGGCAAAAAAAAAAAAUGUAAAAAAACCUAAAUUGUAACAUGAAGAGUUUGUGGAAUGUUAAUGAAGUGUUCGGGUAACUAAGGGGAACCGUUGUCUAUUUUCAUGUGGUGCAUGAGUGUCGUAUCGCUGCAUCCACCUCUGGUUACUGGUGGGUUAGAGAUGAAGGUCAUGAAGGAGACGCAAUAGUGGAGAAACCAUAACUUUACUCAUUUCCUCCUCUAAAAAUUCUAUUUGUUAACACUAUACUGGUCACUGUGCAGCUUUAGUGUAAACCCCUUUCCCCCCUCUUCCCUUCCCUUGCUCCAUGUAUUUUGGAGGGUCUGUUUUCUGAGUACUCUUCCCCCUUCUGAAGAAAUUGGUCAUCCACAAAGGGCUUAAUAAACUGGCAGCUGUUAUUGUGGCAUGGAUUCAGCCUCACAAUUGGUUUUGAAAGUCCAAGUGCAUUAUAUAUUGGAGCUGAGGCUCACCGUUUUUUCUAUGUUGGCGAAACAAUAAGAUGGGAGGUGGCCUUAUGAGAAUGUACCAAUGAGGCCAGCUUUGGAUGAUCAUUUGGGUGACCCCUUUCUUAAGGGGUACAUAAAGAGGGGAUCCUAUUAUGCAGAUAUAAUGGGAGGGGUGGGGCACUAUUUUAAAAGGGAAUUGUCUAAGACUGCAUCACUUUUUAUAAAAAGCAACCGGUUUCAUUUAAAAACAUAAUUUCUUCAUCCUCCACUAUUUUGGCAGUAAAAUGUGGUGGUCCGGCAAGAAGUGUAGGAGCAUUAGUCUCCCAGUUCAGCUGCUAGAGCAGGCAUCUCCAAACUGCGGCCCUCCAGCUGUUGAGAAACUACACAUCCCAGCAUGCCCUGACACAGCUUUAGCAUUCUCUGACAGCAAAACUUUCAGGGCAUGCUGGGAUUUGUAGUUUCACAACAGCUGGAGGGCCGCAGUUUGGACAUGCCUGUGCUAGAGUGUGUGAUCUGCUUCUCCCCAUCUACCUGCUGCAUUUAUUAGGUAGCUAGUGCAUCAAAUCUACCUAGGUCUUGUUGACUGUUGUACCAAGGAUGGUGGGAUUUUUACGUCCUAGCACAACUGUUGGCAGAUCCUCAAAAUCCAAAGGCAUUUUAUGCAAACCAGAAAAUAGAAGAGAAUAGCUUACAAUGUACCGCCUCUGCUGAAGCAUCUGCGAGUGGCAUGCAUUCAUACUAUUGCUUAUCCCUUCCCAAACAAAUAUAUGUAAGGACAUCACUGUGGUUUUAUAAAUGGCUGACAAGCCCAUUUUAAGAGCGUCUCUAAUUUAAAUGUUUUCCAUGUUAAGCAGGGCGUCUAUGAAAUAAACAAUGGUGCUCCCCAUAGCAACCUUUGACAAACUGAUUAUUUUUCUUGCCUGUACUCAAAAAAACAAACAAAAGUGAAUUGUGACUGUGGACAACAACGUACAUUAAGAAUAUUUAGAAUUCCAUGUAUGAAAUUAUGAAAUGUACGUUUAGAUUUUGUUUAGCAGAUCCAAUAAAAGUAUUAAAUCUGAUUUCUAAUUAGGCUGCUAGGCACUGCUUUCUAUGGGUCUCACAGCGGCGGUCAGGAUACCGAUGCUGGAAUGCCGCCAGACGGAAUCCUGGUAAAACAGGACUAUUCCCACUCGUGGGUGUCCACGACAAUCAUAGAAUGGGAAUAGAACCUGUGGCAAGCCCAUAUGGGAACUAUUUGCGCACGCUCUGCUGCCUUGGGUGGAGCAGGAUAGUUUGAAGAGACAAUCAUCUAGGCUUAUGCCCUUAUAUACCGCCCUUCUCCUGUUAUAGAGUAUGCUGGAGGGAGAUCAUGUUUACAAGUCAUCGUAUUCUUGUUUUUCAAUGAAAAGGAAAAUGUGACUGGUUAUUUCCUCUAAGACCAAACAAACCUUUUCACCCAUUGUCCCCAUAUCGGUCACGCCUCUUACCAGUGUUCCGUAUGUACACAUUGUGAAUGAUUUGGAACAGUGAGUAUUGCGCACUCCAGUUAUUUUUUUUUUUAAACCAAAUUAGUUUAGUGGGUAGAAAAAAUUGCUUUCUAAGGCAACACAUCUUACCCUAUCUAUCUCUACCUUGGGUUUUAUUUAUGCCGAUUUCAGACAUGUGAUCCAGGAGUUUGCCGGGUCUUGCAAGCCGACAAAUUCCCUGAUCUUAGCUCCGUGACCCUGGUCGGGACAUGGUCGGAGUCCGGGUUGUUUCCUUUCACACAUUCAGAAAUCCUGAGUUGAUGCAAAACCCCAGGAUUUAGCUGCAUGUGUGAAAGGGGUAUUAGAGGUAGGAAUAAUCCUGGUAGAAGUUAUACUUAGCAUCUCAACACAAACAUAUGAUGCACUACAGAUUUUAAAUGUGGCCAUAUUUAGAUUGAGUUAGCGCCACUGUUAAUAGGGUAUCAAGUAAUCUGCACCCUUGUUAUAUUAGUAGUUGUUUUAUUUCAUGGACAGCAAUGACGCACACCUGUAGCUUAACGUAGUCCCAGGUGCAAAUUUGCUCCUUUUUAGCUGGAGUUUUUAAAUCUAGCUGAGGCCCAUUAAGUAUAACGCCUCCUUUUUUAUGAUUCUGUUAAUCGUAAUGAUAAACUGGAUUUGUCUGAAUUAUGUUGAGAAUAUUUAAGUCAAAAGUGCAGUACAUUAUAAUUGUGUAUAUCCUAUAUAUUUUAAGAUUUUUAACAAAAUCUGUGUGUUUUUAUUUAUUUUGUUUGUUGGUCUUGGUUUACUCAUAUAGGUCAAAAGAAUAAAGGCAAAUGUAAACGAACCCUUUCAGAUUAAAAAAAAUAAUAUAUAAUUUUCAUUGGAUAUUUAAACCUUUCUCUAUGGACGAAUGAAGCGGCAGGAAAAGGUCAUACAAAUCGAGUUUUUGUUGGAGCAGGCCGUUUCAUUCGCAGAGGUGCAGAGUUCCAGCGGUAGUUAUGGAGUUCUAUUUUUGCUGUGCAGCUCUACGCUUCAUACAUUUAAUGCAGUGUGUAGUCUCUGAAGGGACCUGAGGACAGUGCUUGUCAUAUCAUUCUGUGUGGUUGAGGCAGGAAUACUGAAGGCCAAACUACCGGAGCAAUGUACAAAAGGCAAAACGAUGAGAAUACUUCACAGAGUGGUCUUGCAAAUGAUACUAAUCUCUACUAGUUACAGUAUUUCCUUCUUGUGUGUUUUUUAGGGGCUUCACAGUAUUAAGUCCACAUUAAAUGACUAUAACCUCAUUUUUAUUUUUAACUUUAAAACUGUAUAAAAAUGCAAAAAAAAUAUAUUUGAAUUAUAUACUUGGUCUUGGGUCUGUAAUGAAAUGAGCAGGAGUGCUUCAUGUGGAUUGGAUGAUGUACUGUGCUUUUUAAGGAUUUUUUUAUUUUCAACUGUUUAGUGGUAUUACCCAAAUGAAUUGUUUUGUUCAUUCAAAGCUUGUAAAUACGCAUUGUCCUAACUGCAUCAUGUAUAUCUGUAUGAAUUUGAAGUCUUUUUCACCUGUAUAGAUUUGGAUUCUGUACUUGCACAUUUUACUGUUGGCAUUUUUGUAAAAAAAAAAAAUUUUUUUUUAAAUACAAUAUUUCACAAUAAAAAAAAUAAACUUGCUAA